CCGACACCAUGUGUCCCUCCCUCUGACAGAUAGGCAGACAUAUACUGACCAACACUGAUCUACCUUAAAUUAGGUAUUUGGGUUACAAUUGGCUUCUAAACCGACUCGGCAGGUUCUACCCGUUUCUUCAGACACAACGCAACUAAACAGCGACCUCCGUCUUUAAAAUCCAAACCAAUCUAUUGACCUGACAGCCUGUUCCGCCAGGGGGUCAAAUAUUAACUGUGUGACAAGGUGGGAACUCUGGAGAGUUUUAGACUCGUCUCCCCAUGACAACGUGUCACCAUGGUGACAGCGGCUCCAACAGUGAUGCCGAGUGGCACUCCUCUGUUGAUGAGAGGAACAUGGAGGACGUGGAGUUCACUGAGCUUGGGCCGCUGCUGAAGACUUCGGAAAAAUCGGAGGAAUCAAAAGGUGUAUCAGCAUGUCCUGAUGAGGAGGAUGAAGAAGGGGAAGUUUUGCAGGUAGUCACAUUGCCCAUGCAGGCACACCAUGCUAUGGAGAAGAUGGAGGAGUUUGUACACAAGGUAUGGGAAGGACGUUGGCGAGUUAUCCCAUACCAUCUCCUCCCCGAUUGGCUAAAGGACAAUGAUUACCUGCUUCAUGGACACCGCCCACCCAUGCCGUCCUUCCGUUCCUGUUUUAAAAGCAUCUUCAGGGUUCACACAGAGACUGGAAACAUCUGGACACACCUUCUGGGCCUCAUUCUGUUCCUGUGUUUGGGCACACUGACAAUGCUGCGGCCGAACGUUUCCUUCAUGGCUCCUGUGCAGGAGAAGGUGGUGUUAGGGAUGUUUUUUCUUGGUGCAGUGCUCUGUCUGUGUUUCUCAUGGCUUUUUCAUACCGUCUACUGCCACUCUGAAAAAGUCUCUAGAACUUUCUCCAAGUUGGAUUACUCUGGUAUUGCAUUGUUGAUCAUGGGUUCAUUUGUUCCAUGGUUGUACUACUCAUUCUACUGCUCUCCUCAGCCACGGCUCAUCUAUCUCUCAGUUGUGUGCGUGCUGGGUACUGCUGCUAUCAUUGUGGCUCAGUGGGACCGCUUUGCUACCCCUCGCCACAGGUCUACACGUGCAGGUGUAUUUCUGGGCCUCGGGCUGAGUGGACUCAUUCCUACAAUGCACUUUACCUUCGCUGAGGGUUUUGUGAAGGCAACAACAGUCGGUCAGAUGGGCUGGUUCUAUCUGAUGGGUGCCAUGUACGUCAGUGGAGCAGCACUUUAUGCAGCACGGAUACCGGAACGCUAUUUCCCUGGACAAUGUGACAUCUGGUUCCAGUCUCACCAGAUAUUCCAUGUGUUGGUUGUGGGUGCUGCAUUUGUCCAUUUUUAUGGAAUAUCAAACUUGCAGGAGUUCCGUUAUAGCCUGGAAGGAGGCUGCACGGAUGACUCCCUGUUAUAAAAAAUAAAUCUACACCAUUUACCACAAAUCACUUAACUGUGGCCAGAGCCUGCUCACUACACCAUGAAACUGGAUUCAGCAAGAUUUUAUUAUCUUUUAAAUGAUUUUAACAUGUAAAAAAAUAAAGAACUAGGUGUGCUUCAAAGGUUUAAAAAUGUAUACAGAGUUCAAGUGGGUCCAUAAAAAGUCUUUAAUAUAUUAACUGUCUUAAUAUAUUAACUGUCUUAUAAAAAAAGUCUUAAGCACUUUAAGUGGUCUUUCUUUUGGCGAGGGAAACACAGGAAUCACAGUAUGGCCUAACGUGAUUAAAUAAAUAUAGUCUGCCUGCUUCAAAGUGAAGAUGCGUUACUGUUGCACAUUCUACAAGAAUGUGAGGGGCUUGUGAGUGUUUCCAGCGAUUAUCUACUGUUGAUUAAUUUCUGCUUAUACUUAUUAUAUGACAAUGUUUACUUUAUAGUGUUUAUAUUGUAAUACAUUGUAGAUGAUUGUAAGUGUGCAUAUUUUGUUUCCCUUAUCUGUUUUUGUGAGCAGCUGGCAGCACGAACAUUUAAAAAUAAAAGUCUCUAGUGUAUUUUGUGUCUGUUUAUAGUUAAAAGUUGUGCGUUAUAUUUUGGUUACACAAUAAACUGCAUUUGGGAUUUCAUUCAAGAUUUAAUUCAAUUUGGACUCUUGUAGCCUCUAUGUCUGGGCCCCACUUUCAGAGUAAGGAAAGACUAAGAAAAUGUUUUAAAACAUUAAUAUAUUGAUUUUAAAAACGAUCUGGCAAUUAAUUGUUUAUCGGUUUUCUUUAAUCACCUUUAUUGGUAUUGGGAAAACCCAAUAUCGGUUGAAUACUAAUGAAGGCCUGUUUGGGCCGAUACGCGUUGGUGCUUUUAUAAUAUGUAGCUCUCACAAU